UUCCAGUUAUCGUCUCUCGUCUCGCCAGUUUUGUAACGGUAUCUGCUUGGUGGAGUUGUCCAUCUUGGCAGCUGUUCUUCAUCGUGGUAUUCGUCUCCUUAUUAUCAAUUCUUAGUUUUAUCAGUUUGGCUUUCGUGUGUCGGUUGUGCAUCUCAUUACAAUUUUCCUUUCGUUCCGCUGCAGAAAUUGAAUUUCAAUUUCUCCGUGCAAGUGCGUCGAGUAAAAUCCGUAACUGUGAUGUGUCGUUUCCGUUAAACAGUGUUCAAAUGCAUUUCGAGAACCCUACGAGUUCAGUUCAGUGAAUCGAGAAAUUUUCUCCUGAAAAGCCAACAGGUGGAUUUUGGUGGCAAGAACCUUGAUUUUCUCAUUGAUUGGGAAAGUUUUAUGAACCGAAUCUCACCUGCCUGUUAACAUGUUAAAACCAACAAAGCUUCGCGAAGGAAUUUCGCUUAACUCCGGUCACAAUGGACUAUUGAGCAUUGACGCCGGCCGUCUAAAUGCUCUCAUCAAGAACGAGCUCAUCACAAAUGUUUACGAUGUUGAGCAGACUCCUUUUGCAAGGGGCAAGUUCGCGGCGGUGCGGAAGUGCACACACAAGGUGACAGGGAUCGAGUACGCGGCCAAAUUCAUCCGGAAGAGACGUCGGUCGAUGGACACCCGACAGGACAUCCUCCACGAAGUGGCCGUCCUCUGCCUCGCAGAAAUGAGCUCCCGAAUCGUCGCCCUCCACGAAGUCUACGAAACCCCCACAGACAUGGCCCUCGUCCUCGAAUUAGUCCCUGGCGGUGAACUUCAAAGAGUUGUUGAUCUUCAAGAUGGUCUCGAAGAAAGAGAGGUGAUCCGGGUCAUGCGGCAAAUCCUUGAAGGAUUAAUUUAUCUCCAUGAUCUUAACAUUGCCCACUUAGAUUUGAAACCUCAAAACUUACUUUUAACAGCCAACUAUCCAGAUUGUGACAUCAAACUUUGCGAUUUUGGUAUAUCAAGAGUCAUUCAAAGCGGUGUAGAAGUUCGAGAAAUCCUUGGAACCCCUGAUUAUGUUGCUCCUGAAAUUCUCAAUUAUGAACCUAUUUCACUUGGCACAGAUGUAUGGUCUCUGGGAAUUUUAGCUUAUGUAUUGCUCAGUGGACAUUCACCUUUUGCCGGAGACACCAAACAAGAAACAUUCUGUAAUAUUUCCCAGUGUAACCUAGAUUUCCCUGAUGAUCUAUUCGGCUCAGUUUCUCAAACUGCAAAGGAUUUCAUCAAUGCAACCUUAGUACCUGAACCAGGCGCCCGCCUAACUGCCCGUCAGUGUUUGUCUCACCCAUGGCUUUCCAGUUGUUCAUCACCUCUUAACUUAGUAACUCCAUUAUCUAUCACAUCACAGCCUGACGGAGACAAAGAGGAAGCAUCGUCUCGGUUACCAACAGUGCCAGCAUCAACAGUUUCAAUAUCAUCGGUCAACUAUCAACUCUCAUCAUGUAUUUCCAAGUGUGGAGCUCAGUGCGGGUGUAACCAUGAGAAAGAAAAGCACUCUAGUAUUACGUCCUCACCAGUUGUGGAGAUAAUCCUUGAUAGUCGAAGUAUUAUUUGUUAAGUUUUGAUCUAAUGUGAUUUCCUUUUUUUUAAUUCCAUGUGUAUAUGUCUCGUCCAGUGGUGUUGAUUGGCUACCCAGUAGCUUAUGUCUUCUCCCAGUAGGAUAGCGAUCAGCUAGGUUAUUUAACCUCAGAUCCUCCUUCCGCAGUUUCUCAUUUUUCUUUGCGUUUUUUUAGCGAAGUCUCCUGUUCCUCUUCAGGAAUAAAUGCAGUCCAAUGUGAUGGUUGUUAUAUUUUAAAAUCUGAUCUUCUCAAGUCCCUUUUCCCCCCCUCCAGACCAAUUAUAUAUGUGUGGUAUGUGAUUUCCUCUUUUUAUGGGUCACACAUUUUUCUCUAGUUGAAUGAAUGAAGCUGUUCACAAUUUUUUUUCCUUUUGUGUUUCGUAAUGCAAUAGAUAGCAGUUGUAACUGAAGCAAAAAUCUACUUUAUGCAUUGAUCAAGUGGAGAAUUACCUCCAAUGAAAAUGCAUCUGCAUCUAUCAUCAGAUGGUUUUUUUCCGUUCUUUUUUUCAAUCAUUCUUGAAAAGAAAAAAAAAAACUCCACGGCCUUCAUGUGAACUGUAAGAUUACAUUGGCCCGCCCACAUCGAUACGGCAUCGAUUUUCAAACUAGCAUAAUUAUCUGAUUUUAAAAUGAUCAGAAACCUCAUGGCCGGCCAAUCAUGGAUCAUUAUAUCUUUUUAGGCACUCUUAUGAUGAGAAAAUCAUAACUUACCAGAAUCAUACCCUCCAAAAAUAAUGAGGCCUUUAAAAUUUUGUUUGCAUUCCGUGUUCAAACCGUUAGUCAUGUUGAUAAUUUCGAACGAUUUAGCCUUCAGAUAUCUGUUAUCUGUGAUAUUAAAAUCUAGAUUCAUAAUAAAUGCAUAAUGUAACCAUGUGGUGCCUACAUUAUUAAGUUUUUCAAAGUUUACUGCGGAAAUUAAUGCGCUGUUUAAACAAAUUUCAUUGUUAUAAAUCCAUGAUUCGUGAUAAAUGUUUCCCUGCUUCGGAAUCAUCGAUAGUUUGCAUAUCCUAAAACUGUGGUAUAAUCAGCUAGGCCCUGGUUUUCAAGUUUCAAAAAAAUCUGUUAAGAUCCAAUCACUUUAUGGAAAAAGAAAGGAGGAUACAAUACUUGCCUUUUAGAGGUAUAAAGAGACAUAGGUACUAAAAAAACCGGAGUUCAUCAAAAUAAUUUGUGUUACACUUUUUUUGUACUUUCAUAUCUUAAAUGAAGAUAAUUUUUGUAUUCGUCCAGCACUUCAAGUGCCUUUUGAAAUACCCUUGAACUAAAAAAGUACCAAGUGCUUACAAUUACUUUAAAAGACUCAUCAGAAAAGUUUUGCUGAUAUAGCAAACAUCUUCAGCGACAAAGUCCCAGUGUCUCAAUCAGGUAUGAAAGUGAUUAAUGUAUACCUGACAACCGUUUUUGUUUACCCCUUUUGUCUUUUCUCGUUAGUGGUGUAUUUACUUUUCAUUCCAACUCAUGCUAAUUCCCAAGUACUUUUUUGUACUUUUUUCUGUAUCUUUAAAUUUCAUUUUCCAAUUCCUUAUUCCUUUUUUUUCUCCCCGAAAGAAGCAUUUUUUCCUUUUUCCUUCUUUUUUAAAAAUUAUUUCUUAUUAUGUUUUUGUUCAUGGUGGAAAUUACUUCUCUUUACUUGUUCAAUCUGAUUUUUUCUGUUUCCUUAUUUCUAUCCCGAGUAAGUGUUUGAAGUACUCUUCUUUUUAUUAUAAUGAAGCUCAAUGUGUCAUUCUUCCCUCCUCAGCUCUUUAUAGUUUUUUUAUAUCACACUGCUGCUUUAUUGAAUUGUCACACAACGUAAGUCUGACAAUAUGACAUUGUAAACUUUAAAUACAAUCCUUCUAGUAAAAAUUAUCCGAGAAUACAUUUCAGAAUGUUUUAUACCCCCAAAUUAGUCUAAUUAUCAGCAGAAACCUACUAGCUCAUGGAUUGUCAGACACUGUUCUCAACCUUUUCUUGCUUUUGUCUUUGGCACUUUAUUUGACAAAGCAGGGAUAUUCAGAAUUUAGCUUCAACGGUCAACUUCACUACUGUAUUGAAUACAGCUUGAAGUUCAAGAGCAUUUUUUUAAAAUUUUUCAGUCAGUUGUUUUAUUAAUUGCUCAAAAAUUUAUCGUGGUACAAAUUUGUUGGUUGACCCCAAUAUGUUGUUUUUUUUCGUCGACAGUAAGAUUCGUAGUCCUUGUUUUCAUCUGUACAGCUCAGUUAAUUUUUGUUCCCGUAACGGACGGUCAGUUUUAUUGGCCAUAGCUAAGCAAUCUUUUGUACCCAUCAAUUUUGUGUAUCAAAUUUCAAAUUCCAUGGUCAUCUUUGUCUCCUACACCAAACAUAUAAUGAUCGAUUGUGAUCCUUUUUCUCAAAAUGUGUUACCCUCCCUUGUAGCAAAUUUUUUCUCAUCAAUGCAAAAAUGACAUUCCCUAUAACCUUGUAAAAGCAGAAACAGCUUAGUUUAUUUACUUUGUCGAUAUAUGUACUGCCUCUUUUUCCUCAAGUUAUCUGUUUUUGUUUAUCUAAAGUUCAUCACAUGUUUUGAUUUCCAUGGAUUUAUUUCAUAUCUUCUGUUAUGAAUUUUUUUCCCUGUGUAUCCAUCCAGUUACGAGCAGUAGACUAGCUUUAUCCCUGUGAAUGAACCUCACUCUGAUCUUAUGUUCAUGUAGUUUUUGGUGACUUUCAAAUGAGAGUUGCAUUGGGAUGAUUCUCCAAUCGUAUGCAGUAGGGAACUUCGGAGGAACCAUGCUUUGACUUCAGCCUGUUUCUUUUGCAAUUGCAAUUUUAGAUUAACUUUCUACAAGAGUUAGUUAAGGAUUCUCCUAAAAGAGCUCGUUUGUGUAUGAACAUAAAUGUUGCCAAGCAGAUUCCAAGCUGUUUUUGUUUUAGUGUACUUUUCAAUUUUUUGAUUCCCCAAGUUAUCCUUACAAGAACAUAAAGCCAGAAUUUUGGCAGCAAUUAGACCUACUUAAACAUGCUCUUGUAGUGCUUGUGUGUGCCAUGAAAACACUGAUCCACAAUUGCAGUCUGGAAGGGAGCAAAAGCAUCUGUAAACUUUUUUACCCAAAAUAAUCCGUAGAAUCUGGCAAUAUAGCUCUCAUUUAAACGUCAUCGUAGGUUUAGCAAUUGUAAGUGCAGUGCAAGGUUCUGCAUAUUGGCUAAUGACAGAUUUUCUCUGUACACUGAUAUUGACCCUCUUUCCUGCUAGUUUUUGAAAAGUCUAGGAAUAAAUGCCCAUGUGAAAUAGCAGUGUCGCAGUAAUUCUAGGACUGUCUUUUAAUAUGUCACGAGAAAUUCAAAGCAUGUAUGGUCUCCAUGGACUUUCAACUGAGUACAAAUUUAUCUCUCCUUUGACUUUAGAAAAAGGUCAUUCUUUAUGCAUUCCUUUGCUCCGCUCUGAACUCCUUUCUUGCAAAAUUGAUUUGGAGACCUUCUUGACUUCUGUAUUAGUUCUUUUUUUGUUCAUUGUAGGAAAGUUGGGUUUUGAACAGCAUUCCCAUCAGUGGAUGUUCUGUUUUAUGUAAUGCGUGAAAAAGGAAGAUUCCGUUGAUCUUAGAAAUUUAAGAGGCUUCUUAUUCCCAUGACUUGCACUGCCCAUUCACAGCAUUACUUUGUUUUACAAAUUUAAACUUCAAAUAUUCAUCAUUGCUUUUCAAAUCUAUGAAAGUAGUAAAUAAAUUUUUUGAACUUCUUUUUUUUGUACAAAAUUGCAAUAAGCCAUCAUUGUAAUAUUUUAUAUGUAGAGAUCAGCUCAAUUCUGAAAUUGCUUAUCUUUUGGCUGAUUAGUUCCAUUAAAAAAUUCCCCGUGAAAACUUUUAGAUUAGCCUGGCAAUCACUCGCAGGAAACAUCUCAAAAUUGGUGCCUCAAUUCAUUCUACAAGCCCACUAGAGAAGUUAUAAAUAAUGUAAAUAUUCAUGUACAUAAGUGAUUUUUUGUACUGUGUAAAAUCAAAAUCAGUUUUGAAACCUGCAAUCCUUUAGAUAAUUGAUGGCGACUGAUUUACGCCACUGUAUGUAUGUGCAUAGUUUCCUUUUUUUAAUUUCUUUAAAAACUUUGUAUUUUUUUUCUUUGAAAGUAUAACUUUGUUUAUCCUUCA